AUCUGUGUAGAAUGAAUUUUUAACAAGCGGAAGUUCCGCGCAAAAUGUCAAUAAUUGAUGUUGUUAAUGUUGGGAAAUUAAUUGCCAAUUUAUUCGAGAACAGCUUAUAUUAAGUUGUUUUAACAGAUAUUAUAUUUAUUUACAAUUACACGUUGAACCCCAGUAUACGACACUUCAUGGCAUGUUGAUUUGAUUGCGCGCCCGCCUAACUUACAAUGCAAAGAAAACCUGGAUUUCCCGUGGCUAACUGCAGCAUUAAAAUGCCGGACUGCUCAGUAAUGCCCGAGGCUCUAUGUGAUGAUGACAGCGACCAGCAACAGCGCCGCCAGCAACUCAUCAACUUUGGCCACUCACAGUGGGGCUUCAACAACUGGAGCUGGGCAGUCACUAAACAAGACCUGGAUUUUGUGGACUUCACAAAUGGCAAGUACUGUGCGGGAGUAGUUGCCUUUGUCUCUAUAACAGUGAAGAGCUUUGACAUACACAGAGAGAAUAUCGGCUAUGCCACCUCAACAGCAAACUCAAAGGGAUUCGCCAUUUACAAGUCCAGAAAGUGUGCAGUGACAAAUGCACUUCGUGAGACAUUGCUGAGUUUUGGUGGCAGUGUGGCUACUGAACUAAAUGAGCUGCUGGAGGCACAGCGACUCGAUGCGCCGGCCAACGCGCCCGAGCCACUCACUGAGAACAACCAGAAUGUAGCCAACAAGCUUGUCGAGCCUAAGAACGUGACACUCGAGCGCAACGCGCGGAAGGACUCCAGCGACAGCACCCCCCACCCCGCGCUGCGCUCCCCCCUCGCGCCGCACGCGCCGCCACCCGUGCAGCCCGCGCCCCCGCCCGCACAACCAGCACCACCCGUGCAGAACGGGCCCUUGCCGCCGCCGCCCGCCGUCAAGAAUGCUGCCGCCGCGCGAGCACUGGCCGCCGCGAUGCCGCCCGCCAACCGCGUGCCACCCGUGGGCCCCGGGCGGGGGGCUCCGGGCCCCGCCGGGCCGCCCCCGGGUCCCGCGCCGGCCGCGCACGCUGCACACGCUGCACAUGCUACACACGCGCGACCCAACUCUAACGUAAGUUUCGUGCUGCAGCCGGUGGUGGGCGCGCUGGGCGGGUACGGGGUGCCGCCGCUGUACGGCGCGGGCCGCUCGCCCGCCGCGCCGCACGUGUUCCCCAACGCCUACUACGAGUACCCGGGCGGCGGCGGCUGGCACUUCGCCUACGAGAGUUACGACCGUCCUCCCGGCAACGUGAACCUUAACUUCAACCUGCCGCCCAAGAACCUCGUAGUGAACGGCCGUGGCGCCUGUCGCCCGCCCGAUGACGUGACGUUCGCUCCGCCGCCGCCGGCGCAGGGGUGCUGGAUCAAGCCCACGAUCUUCUAUGACGGCUUCUGGACGGAACAGAAAGUCAAGAAGUGGGUGGCCGAGCAGGUGGAGAAGCAGUUCCCUGAGGACGCGAGCGCGGCGUCGUCGGCGUCGCCGGACAAGGCCUAGCCCCGCCCGGGCGGCCGGCGCCGACGCACUAGCCAUUAGUAUUUUAUCAGCGAGUUAUUCUUAUACACACUGUGGAAGUUUUUUGCCACUUGCUCAUGCGAGUAUCGCAGUAGUUUCGAAAAUAGAUGUAUUAUAGGUACGUUAGGUAUAUAGGUAAGUUUGAAAUCUCAAAAAUGGUGAACUAUUUUUUAUGUAAUUUUUCCUUGUUGUAUGUAGUCGUAAGUGUUGUCGACGUGAGGCGUUUCUCUCGAGCCGCUUCGUUGUUAGAAGUCGGCUCGGGGACUGUUUCGAAUGUCUGCUUUAUCUUGAUCUAGUGUUUGCCGGAACUAGCAUCAGACGAGUGCACCUAUAGGUAUCGUAUCGAUAUGUAAUGUGUGUGAAGGUUUUAUUAGAUUUAAAUGAAAGAUUUUCUGUUUACCUCACGAAUCUUUCUCGACGUUUUAAUACUAAGAUAUUUUAAUAUUUUCCUCUUAUGGUUGAUUAGGAAUUGGGUUUUACCAUGUUACAUAGUAAGGUAUAAUGAAUGGAAUUGCAAAUGUACAUAGAUAUACGUAUUAUGUAGUAAUACCAUGUAGUUAUACCAGAUAACUGUUUUUAUUGAAAUAAAAAUGUUUGAAUUUU